AUUUCCCGCGCAAAGGGUCGCGCUUUGGCUGUUUGGCACAGUUACCGUGGCCUUGACCGAGUGACGACACAACGAGUCCGCAGUUGCUCCAAGAAGCUCGCAUAGAUUGGCUGUGGAGCGCUCUAUUUUAAAAUAAUCUGGACGUCGCGGCAGUUUUUAAAUUAUAAUGGCACCAAUAGACACAAGUAAGACACCAAUCGUGUGGGUGCUGGGAGGUCCCGGAUCCGGGAAAGGAACACAAUGCGACAAGAUCAUCGCCAAGUACGGGUUCACUCAUCUCUCCACUGGAGAUCUCCUCAGGGCCGAAGUAAAGAGCGGAUCCGACAGGGCCAAAUGUCUCACCACUAUUAUGGAGAGAGGUGAGUUGGUUCCGAACGACAUUGUGUUGGAUCUGCUGCGGGAGGCUAUUCUGGCCCACGCUAACGACGCCAAAGGUUUCCUCAUAGACGGGUACCCCCGCGAGAAGUCACAGGGCAUCGCCUUCGAGAAAGCUGUCGCGCCAGUCAAUGUGAUAAUAUAUUUCGAGGCGUCGACAGAGACGUUGACGAAGCGGUUGCUGGGUCGCGCAGCCAGCUCGGGACGUGCCGACGACAAUGAGGAGACAAUCAAGUUGAGACUCAAGACCUUCCACGAUAACAACGUGCAUGUCCUGAUGCAGUAUCCGGACAAACUAAAAAAGAUAAACGCAGAAGAUACUGUAGAUUCCAUCUUCAACCAGGUGCAGGAAAUUCUGGAUCCUCUCGUCGCGCACUGAUCACACCUCUGACAUUGUACAUACACAUAACGGCUUCUAA